CUUUUGGAAAACAAACUUACAGUAAUUGUCAGUUCUUCGUGAUGAAAAGUCAGUGACACAAGUGUAGUUGAGGCCAAAAUAAUAAGAAUUACAAAUUACAAAACUACAAAUCCAAAGUGUUGUUAAUUAAAACAAGACUCAUCCUAGACAAAUACAGUUCGCCAAUAAAAAAGGUGUUUAUAUAAAUCUACCAAGAACUGACAUUUCAACAAUAUGCCAGGACUCGUUGAUCCAAGAUUAAAUUCUCCCGCCUAUAGAAGAAGAUUACAUCGUCCCGCACCAGGUCGUGAGGGACUUAUUGUUUACGAAGCGCAUUUUAUUUGGGAAGCUUCAGCGGAACAUCCGAAUCGCGUUGAAAAUUAUCUAUUCGGAAGAAUAGAACCAAUCGAAAGAAAUCGAGUGCCUCAAAAUUUGCCUGUUCCACGUUGGCGACCACAAGGACCUAAUGCUGGCCAGGGUCCUGAACAACAACAACAACAACAACAUCAACCACCUGCUCAAGAAGAACAAAUUCCACGACGUCACGAACAACUAUUUCAACAAUUAUCCAAUCGUACGUUACCAAAUAAAAUUAUCGAGGAAAUCGAUGAAAUCGAUCGAUAAGGAAAAAAAAGGAAAUAAUUAUUAUUACUUCUUCAUUUUCCAAAAAUCCAUUUUCAAUUUUUUCAUCAGUUAAAUUUCACUUUAACUAAUUAAUUAAUAUUCAGAGGAUGCUACAGAUUCUUGAUAACAAAUGAAACGAGAAAAUUAAUUUGUGCCAUAUUCAAAUUUUUGCUCAAGUGAAUUUUGCAUAAGAAUUAUUAUGAAAAUUUACCAAUUUUUACACAUAAAAUUUCUCUAUUUUCUUAAUUAAACAAAAAUUUAUAAAUUCUUUUUUUAAAGUACAUAAUUUUAAAAAUUCGCAUAAUUUUUAUGUAUAUGAAAAAUCAUGUCUUCAUAAAAGAAAAGCGAAAAGUACGAAGCCAGUGUGAUAAACAAAAAAAAUGUAGAUAUUUUUCUUAAUUUUUAGAUUAUUUAAGUAAUUUAAAACGUUUUGUCGAUAUUUGUGUUAAUGUGAUAAUAAUUUUUCUAUACCAUUUGCUUAUUAUAGCUUUAGUAUCCGUAAGUCUAUAAAAUAACAAAAAUGUUAAAAUAAAUUUAAUAAUCAGCUUCAUUACACUUUCUAUGUGAAAAAGUUUGGAUUUAUGAUAAAAGGCAAUAAAAAAGAUUUAAAGAGAAAA